AUGAAGUUCCAAGCUGAGCCACGAGAUGUGGCACAAGAGCAGAUUGUGGGACAUGAGAGCGGAAUAUGCCCUCCAUGCAACAGCGAAGAGACUGAAAAGGAGGAGAUGAAAUGCAAAGCAGUUGGGUCACUGAAAAGAGUUAUAGCGGAAGGAUCCAAGAGCGGAUGGACUGAGGAGAAGGUGGACGGAGGAGAAGACAGGAUGGAGGAGUUGGCAUGGUCCAGCAGAACGUUCGACUCGGUGCUCUACACCGUGUUCUCGUCUAACACCCUGUACUCUCGCCUUAUACGGGAGGUUCUCGCCUACCUGACUCCUCUUCCACCUGCCUCCUCUUCUGUCCUACCUCCUCAACCGUACCAGGUCGUCUUGCACUCCCCCAGCACCGAACUGUGGUCGAGGAUUUCCAGUUUAGGAGUGGAUAUCCUCUAUCAACUGGGGCUUACAGCUCAAAGCAGCAGAGGCGAGAGGACAAGCCCACCAUCAACUACUUACACCACUGUUCCCUCGUCUUUGAAUUUUCCAGUUUCUGGAUAUGGGGUAUUACUCGACUCAAACUCCCUCUAUGAGGCUCCAGCAGGCAGUCUGUUCUCGCCUGAGAUUGGCGAGGAGUUCUCUGUCGUUGUUAGCCUAAGAUCAUGGCGAGCAAACAAUGCUUUUCUUUUUAGUGUCAGAGAUGGCAGGGACAGGCUGCGAUUUGGCAUCCAGCUGCUGCCACGCAGAGUGGUGGUUUACACUGCUGAGAAAGCCUCCAUCUACUUCAACUACAACUGGCAGGAUGGGCACCAGCACCAUUUUGCUGUUGGUGUACGUGCACGCUCAGUAUCCUUCUAUGCAGAUUGUGGAGCGGUGCAGCAGCGAGAGCAGACCCUGGGGAGAUCUCAGACACUGGGAGAUUUUGGGGGUCUCUUUACACUUGGGAGGAUGAACUCAAAAGCGGCACCAUUAAUUGGUCGAGUCUGCCAACUAGAUAUCUAUCCUUCAGCCCAAGCUGCCGUGCACUACUGCAAAUACCUUAAAACACAGUGCCGGCUGGCCGACACUUACAGAUUGCCUUUGCCCCAUCCUGGUUCAGACAUUGAGGCAAAUGACCGACCUUCUGACCCCUUGAGUAUGUCUAUUGUUGGAGUAGCAGCUUCCCAUCAUACCCCCUUAAAAGCCACAGCAACUUCAAACGUGCCACCAGGUAGUAUGGUCACACAGCAUCCUCAAAUGGAUCAGAGCCACAUUUCCAAAUUGGAUUCCCAUGCCCUCUCAACCAUAUCUUUACCCCAGGCUAACAGCCCCACCAUUGCUACUCUGAGUCGACGAGCAGUUCUGGAUCUAUCUGGAACUAUCACCAACAAUGUUUUGGAAAAAGAGAGUAGCCCUCAGGAGGACACUGUUGUCUCUGAAAACAGCACAGAGGAAGAGAGCAGCUCUGGGAGCCUACAGACUCCAGAAGCCAAACCUGGCCUGAUUUCCCUAGUCAGGCAAAGUCGAGUGACGGAAGGACUCAGGAACAACUCCAUCACCAGCUCCAAGGACUCUCGCUCUGGGCCCCAUCAGACUCAUCUCCUCCUGGAGACUCAUCUUAGAGCCAAUGGCACCACGUUGUACCGGGAGAAUCACGUUGACACAUCAGAACAGCAUGACCUGGACGGCAACUACGAUGAUGUAGACGUUGGAGAAUAUGAUUAUGGAUAUGAGGAUCCAGAAUAUUUUUAUGACUACGAAGAUGGUUUCCGUGGCCCCAAAGGAGAGCCAGGUCUUGCGGGUCCUCCUGGUCCCCCCGGUUUACCUGGUCCUUCCGGAAAAAGAGGUCCUCGGGGUCCCGUUGGUCCAAAUGGAAACCCAGGACAGCCUGGACCACUUGGGCCCAAGGCUUCAAAGGGAGAUCCCGGGCUGUCUCCAGGCCAGGCUCCAAAAGGAGAGAAGGGCGACAGAGGUCAGCCAGGUUUGUUUGGGCCGAAAGGAUUUCCAGGCCCACUGGGUCCUAAAGGUUAUCUUGGGCUUGCCGGACUGCGAGGAGUACAGGGCAUACCGGGACCUCCUGGGGAAGCCGGGGCUGCAGGUUACCCUGGCAGGCAGGGUGCAGCUGGGCCACAAGGUGACCCAGGGCCUAAAGGUGUCCGUGGUUUCAUUGGGCCUCCUGGCGUUGCUGGGCCACUCGGACCAGAGGGGGAGAAAGGCAUUCCUGGUCCUGUUGGAAAACCUGGCUCGAAAGGAAGACACGGUGUGGUUGGUGAUGCGGGGGAGAGGGGGCCUCCUGGUCCUGAUGGCAAUGAGGGGCCUGUUGGUGGGAUUGGCAUUAGCGGCUUUCCUGGUCUGAGGGGGGACACAGGGCCUGAGGGACUGCAAGGCCUGCCUGGUCUGAUGGGACCUCAGGGCCCACCAGGACGACAGGGCCUGCCUGGAUUGAAAGGUGAUAAGGCUGGAGUGGGACAUAUGGGCGAACCAGGAGAGAUGGGGAUCCAAGGUGACAAGGGGGAUUCUGGUGUACCUGGUCCUGCUGGGCCGAAGGGGAAACCAGGACCACCGGGUAAAAUUGGUGAGAUGGGGACACAAGGACAAGCUGGGCCCCCAGGACCAGAGGGAUUUCCCGGGGACAUUGGAUUACCGGGGCCUAACGGACCACCUGGACCGAAGGGUUUGCAAGGUGCCAGAGGACCCCUAGGCCCACAAGGUCCACAAGGAACGCAGGGUGAUGAAGGACCACUCGGCCCACCUGGCAGCGCGGGCCCUACUGGAAGACCCGGAAGGAAAGGCUUCAUAGGCGAACCUGGCCCAGACGGUUUAGAAGGAGAAAAAGGGGACAUUGGAAAUGUUGGAAAAAUCGGACCACAAGGUCCAAUAGGCCUCAUUGGGAUUGCUGGGGUGAUGGGAGUUCCCGGUGAAAAGGGUGACCGAGGACCAGCGGGCCCAACAGGUCCAGUCGGGGAGAAAGGGCCAAGGGGCUAUCCGGGGGUGCCAGGCGGUCCAGGGGACAUAGGCAUGCAGGGGCAACCUGGUCCAGCGGGGCAGACGGGGAGUCCAGGCACUGCUGGGUCAAAGGGAAGGAGGGGGCCCCGGGGUCCAGAUGGCCCACUCGGAGAACCAGGCCCUGAGGGCACCAAGGGUGAGAGGGGUGACAUUGGAACAAAAGGAGAGCCAGGAUUCAUCGGCAAGGCUGGCAGUCCAGGGGAGAGAGGCCCUCCUGGGAAGAAUGGAAAAGCUGGUAUUCCAGGCAACUCCGGGGAGACAGGACCCCACGGAGAACCAGGACCCAAAGGACCCGCUGGGGAGAAAGGACCUGAUGGAGAGCAAGGACCUGAAGGUGUGCCUGGUGCAGAGGGGGAACCGGGUGCCAUCGGAGAGCCAGGGUCAAAGGGUGAUGCCGGGCCUCCAGGAGCUGAAGGGGAGCAGGGGCCGGAGGGAUUGAGAGGUCUUUCUGGUCCCACUGGUGAAGACGGCCCUCAAGGAAAAGACGGACCCAAGGGUGAGCCUGGGGAGGCUGGGCCAAUCGGAGAGCCAGGAGAAAAAGGAAUAGAAGGAGACCCUGGGCCCAUAGGACCACCCGGAGGGCCUGGGAAACAGGGCUUUCGUGGGCCCGAGGGAAAACUGGGGCCCCCAGGGAACAGAGGGCGGCACGGAAAGAAGGGAGAGAGAGGUCCUCUGGGUCUUGUCGGUGAGACUGGCUCUCGGGGAGACAUCGGCCAGCAAGGCGAGCCGGGGCUGAAAGGGGCACGGGGAACUCGAGGCACACCAGGUCAGCCUGGAGCCAUGGGGGUAGAAGGGCAACCAGGACUGGCAGGAUACACAGGUCACCCUGGCAAGUCUGGGCCCAUUGGACCACCCGGGCCUAAAGGUGAAAAGGGUUAUCCAGGGGAGGACAAUAGGACCCCAGGACUGCCAGGGCCCUUAGGUGAACCAGGGCCCCCAGGAGAACGAGGGGAGCGUGGAGAGCCUGGGGAUGAAGGAUAUCAGGGCCAUGUUGGAACCACUGGACUUUAUGGGGCUGUUGGACCACAAGGCCCUCCGGGGUCCGCAGGCAUCCCUGGAGAAGCAGGUCCAAAAGGAGAGAUAGGAGCCCCGGGCUUGGCUGGAAAAUUUGGAGCAAGAGGGCUGACUGGAACUCCUGGCAUGGAAGGGCCAAUCGGUUUACCUGGACUCACAGGAAUGAUGGGUUACCCAGGGUCGGAUGGUUCCCCAGGACUGACUGGCCUACCAGGAUUUCCAGGAAAAAAAGGACGAAAGGGUCUGAAAAACGUGGAUGGACAAGAGGGACCUGCUGGACGUCCAGGUCCCAGGGGAGAGAUUGGACUUCCUGGUCUACCUGGAGAAAGAGGACCCCCUGGACAGAAGGGAGAACUUGGACUGCUGGGGGAUCGGGGAGCAGCGGGAAUCAAAGGCAUGGAGGGGUCUUCAGGGGACCAGGGCAGGACAGGUGACCUAGGACCCAAAGGACAACCUGUGAGUAUAUACAAGCAUUACGGGCCAAGGGGUCCAAAAGGAAACGGUGGUGAAAUGGGGCCACAAGGACCACAGGGAGGUCCAGGACCAAGUGGACCCCCUGGGGCUCCUGGUCCAACAAGGCAGAUGUAUGUCGACUCAGCAAUCUAUGGUCUAUCUGAGUCAAAUGCUGCCCUGGGGACACAGAGUUACCAGAACACAGAGAUGAGCCUUCCAGAGCAGAAUACAGAGAUCCUUAAGACUUUACACUACCUUAGCAGCGUGAUUGAGAGCAUCAAAACGCCUCUGGGCACAAGGGAGAACCCGGCUCGUGUCUGUAAAGAUCUGAUCGAGUGUGAUCACAAGCUGAAAGAUGGUUGGUUCUGGAUUGAUCCAAACCUGGGCUGUACCUCUGAUGCCUUCAAGGUCUUCUGCAACUUUACCGCAGGAGGGCAGACCUGUGUACAUCCAGUGGCUUCUGAUAAGAUGGUGUUUGGGGUAGGGAAAGUCCAAAUGAAGUUCCUCCACUUACUGAGCACUGAAGCCAGUCACAGCAUCAUGCUCCACUGCCUGAACGACCCUCCCUACGGCACCACCGGCAUCCUCAGCUCCACCGGACCCUCACAACAAGAAAACGGCCCCCUACGGUUUCAGGGCUGGAACAAACAGAUGUUUGAGAAAGACACACUACUUGAACCACAUGUGCUGCAAGACGAGUGCAAGAUCCAAGAUGGCAGCUGGCACCAGUCACGUUUCUUCUUCCAUUCUCAGGACAGUCGUCAGCUUCCGAUUGUGAACAUACAGGAAUUUCCCACAUCACAGCCCACUAGUCAGCGACGUAUAGAAAUCGGCCCGGUCUGCUUCCUUUGACCCCAACAUCACUGUCCUGUAACAAAUUACAUGAACUAUUAAAAUGCAAGGCUGUUGCAAAAGCUGCCUGCCAAAGAGCAAGUGUCUCUGACAGAGUGUUGGAAUCCGCUAUGCGAGCAACAACCGCCCCAUGUACAAUCAAAAGCACGCUUACAUGGAAGAACUCAAUCUCUCCGGAACAUCCGGGCCAAGAAGGCCAAAGGAGAGGUGUAUACCAAUAUUUAUCAUAAAUUGUAUGUACAAAAGUAUGUUUUUCAUUGAUAAUUAGUCAAACGGUGCUUAGGUUGGCUGUACAGACAUCACUCCCUGAUCACAGGCCAGGGUCUCACUUAGCAGCAGCCUAUUCUAACCUCAAAAAUCACACCCCUCCCUCACGCCCAAGCGCACCCAGACAUCCACAGCAGAGGCCUAACCCAAAGGAGCGUGCCAGGCCUCUACAUAGGAGCACUGUCUAUCCACAGUUUUUGAGUGCAAUAGCAUGUGCAUAAUGUGUGACUGCUUGAUAUUUCACUUUCCUAUCAAAGGCUAUAUGAUACAUUGAUUUGACUUCCUGCGGUCCUGCCCAGUAUGACCCGUACAUCUUGACAGAUGGUGCUCUACCUCUACUUGGUCAAUUGCUUUCUAGAUAGUUGCUAAUACCAAAUUAGUGUUUUUUUUUUGCCUUUGUGUUGUAUGUACCGGUUACAUCAAGAUUUGUUUUUUUGUCUAAGUACUUAUGUUCAUUUGGUCAUUUCUAAUUUAUGAACCAUUUUUUGAUACACUACAUUUUAUUGUAGCCUUUCCUUUUAAGUGGUAAGUUCUUCAGGGGAAACCUAUCAUUGGUGCUGCAAAAAAGAAUGAUUCAUCAGUGAGUUUUACAUUUCCUGUGUAUAUAUGGACAGCAUACUGUAUGUUUAUUUAUAUCCUUUUUUGUUUGUGUUCACAUUACUGUACCACAGUAAGUUAUACUCUCAGAGAACUAUUUGGUCCAUCACAACUCAGUCUAAAAAAGUAUUUAUGUGUUAACGGUGUGUUUGUGUGUUCACGCCUGUGACUUUAUGUUUAUCAUACUGUCAUUCUGGUUUAGUCAGUGGUGGUUGGUUAGGUUCACUGGCAGCUACAUAGAGCCAGAGUCCAAUUACACAAAAACCCAUUCAUCAUAUUAAGUUAUGUUACCUUGAACAAAGUGUAAUUAUAUAAAGUUUGUGCAGGAUAAAGGUGGAUGCAAAUGUGUAAAUAAUAAAUAUGUUGUCAAAAUAAAUAAAUGGAGCAUUUUAUCCACAAA